AUGACAUCAGCGAGAGAUCCAAGUGGACUCUACUCCAAAGAAGACUUCGCCAGAAGAUUGUUCAAGGAUCUUCACAAGACAGGGCGAAGGCAGUGUUGUAAGCUACGCUGUUGUGGAGGAUGUUUUCGAUGCAUGGCAAGAAUCCCUUAUGCCACCCUUAUUGCCACUGUGAUGUGUUUUGCAGGGUCAGGUGUUUUUUUAGGAUCCAUGUAUAAAGGUGUAGCAUUAACUUUGCGAAUGUUUGAAGAUGUAUUUCAGAUCCAAUUCCAUGGGUUGACAGAUCUUCGAAUCAUAUUCAUCGUUAUUGGAGGAGUGAUGGGUGUACUCAGUUUGUUUCUGUUGCUUGUGGGAUGUUUGGCAACUGGAGCUACUAGAGAAAGAAUUUAUCGGGGUUGGAAGGCCAGGUUAGGAGGACGAAUAUCUUGUGCACUGUUUUUAGUAAUCACAUAUCUACUGGACUUGGCAUGGAUUUUCAUAUUAGCUUGUUUGGUGAUCAUCACCUUUGUCUUUAUGGUUUCCUGGGGGUUAUGUAACCAGUUGGAGAUUACUAAUAGUCAGAGACAGUGUAUAGACCUGACUCACUUUGACUUCAUGUUUCCUACAGAAACAAAAUAUGAAAAUCUGCGCCUUUGUUCUGAGGGUAAAGUUAAGGAGUUCUGUAAAGAUUAUGUGGAGCAAGCAACCAUUAUGUAUCUAUUAGCAACAGCAGCUUGUGCACUGGUGGUUAUCAGCUUGGUUCACUAUUUAAUAUGUUUGUCAGCCAACUAUGCUCAUAUAAAAGACAACGAAAAGUUUCAGGACUUACAAGAAUUGCAGUACCUACAGGACACAGAGCUUGGAACCUUGACAAAGGAUAGAUUCUAGGAGAAAAGUGCAGAAAUUAUAAGUAUUAUGAUGGUUGAGAUUUUGUUCCAAAUAACAUGAUAUAAUUUUCUUGGUAAAAAAGAAAGUGAAAUUGUUCGUAACUUAUAGCAAAAUGUGGAUUUUAAACAUUUAAUGGAUACCAUAAACAAGAUAAUUUUGCAACAUUUUUAGUCAUUAGUAAAAAAUAAUUGUAGUACCUCUUUCUCUUAAUAUUUCUUGACAACAAUGAGUUACUGUGAGACUGAUGUAGCAUCUUUUAGAUUGUAUUUAAAACAAAUGUAGUUAAGCAGUUACAUAAGUUUGUUCUGAUGAAUCUCUAUUACAAUCAUGAAGCUGUGAUUGUGCAUAUUUAUAUUUGUGAGUAACGUUUUCUUAUAGAAGAAUAGUUUGUUCUUCAAAUGUACAGAUUGCUAUGCUUGUAGUUUUUCCUGUUUAUUUUUUCAAUGUAAUAUGCCUAUUUCAAGUAGCAAACAUUUAGUUACCGUUUAGAACUGUAAUAAAAGGCUGUCUUUUUUACUGUAUUUUAAAAGUUUUGCUGUUUUUAAUCAUUUAUGACAGUUUAUAAGUUAUGUAGAAUCGAAUCAUGUUAUAGAAAUCAAAUUAUAAACUUCAUUGUUUUGAACAUAUGGUUAUCUCCUGUUUCAGAAGUAUUAUCAUCUCUAAGUAACAUUUACUUCAGUUUUUCAUGUAAUAUUAACCUAUAUUUAGUAAACAUAAAGAAUGCUUUUUAUUCCUUAGACAUCAUCUGACAUUAAGAUUAACUAUUGUUUUAGCAGUUUACACCAAAACUUUGUAAGUAUUAAAAAACUUCCAUUCUUUUAUGAGCUUUUAUGAUGACUGUUUACUUAACUGGCCAGUUAGGUCUGACAUUGUUUUAGCCCUGUUUAUUUAGUCAAAUACUCUUUUCCAAAUUAAAAUAAUGACAUAUAUCUUUGAAUAACCUUGUUUUUAAUGGAAUACUAGGAUUUUUAUUUUCCACACUGACCUUUUUUUUGGUAGCAUAUUACUUUAACCUUUCAAAUGCAACCAGUUUUUAUGGUAUAUCAAGCUUUUAGUAGUAUAUUUAGUAAAAAUAGUUCAACAGCAGUCCACAGAUAGUUUUCAAAUACCAUUAGAAAUAGGUAUAAAUAGACCAGCAACAGUUGUUAAGUAUCUUUACUAAUACAUAUCAGUAGACCGACAAUAGCUCAGAAGUAUUUGAUAGAUACCUUUGUUAACAAAUAUCAAUAGACCAACAGCAGCCAAGGAAUAGUUGAUAGGUGUCUUUAGUAACAGAUAUUAGUAGACCAAUAGCAGCCAAGGAACAGUUGAUAAAUGCCUUUAGAAACAGAUACCAAUAGACCAACAGCAGCCUGGGAACAGUUGAUAGGUGUCUUUAGUAAGAGAUAUCAGUAGAUCAACAGCAGCCUGGGAACAGUUGAUAGGUGUCUUUAGUAAGAGAUAUCAGUAGAUCAACAGCAGCCCGGGAACAGUUGUUAGGUGUCUUUAGUAACAGAUAUCAGUAGAUCAACAGCAGCCUGUUAACAGUUGCUAAGUGUCUUUAGUAACAGAUAUCAGUAGAUCAACAGCAGCCUGGUAAUAAUUGUUAGGUGUCUUUGGUAACAGAUAUCAAUAGACCAACAGCAGCCUGGGAACAGUUAUUAGGUGUCUUUAGUAACGGAUAUCAGUUGACCAACAGCAGCCUGGGAACAGUUGUCAGGUGUCUUUAGUAACAGAUAUCAACAGACCAACAGCAGCCCAUGAACAAUUGUUAGGUGCCUUUAGUAACAGAUAUCAGUAGACCAACAGCAGCCCGGGAAUAGUUAUUAGGUGUCUUUAGUAAUGGAUAUCAGUAGACCAACAGCAGCCCAGGAACAGUUGUUAGGUGCCUUUAGUAACAGAUAUCAGUAGACCAACAGUGCCCGGGAACAGUUAUUAGGUGUCUUUAGUAAUGGAUAUCAGUAGACCAACAGCAGCCCAGGAACAAUUGUUAGGUGCCUUUAGUAAUGGAUAUCAGUAGACCAACAGCAGCCCAGGAACAGUUGUCAGGUGUCUUUAGUAACAGAUAUCAACAGACCAACAGAAGCCCAGGAACAAUUGUUAGGUGCCUUUAGUAACAGAUAUCAGUAGACAACAGCAGCCCGGGAACAGUUAUUAGGUGUCUUUACUACUAGAUAUUAGUAGACAACAGCAGCUCAGGAACAGUUGUUACUUUCACUGAUAGAUAUCAGUUGCUUGGUAAAAGCCAGAGAACAGUUGUUCAGUGUUAUUAGUAACAAAUAUCAGUAGCUCCGUAAAAGCCAGAGAACAGUUGUUCAGUGUCUUUAGUAACAAAUAUCAGUAGCUCCGUAAAAGCCAGAGAACAGUUGUCCAGUGCCUUUGGUAACAGAUAUCAGUAGCUCAGUAAAAACCAGAGAAAAGUUGUUUAGUGCCUUUAGUAACAAAUAUCAGUAGCUCCGUAAAACCCAGAGAUCAGUUGUCCAGUGUCUUUGGUAACAGAUAUCAGUAGCUCCAUAAAAGCCACAGAACAAUUGUCCAGUGUCUUUAGUAACAGAUAUCAGUAGCUCAGUAAAAGCCAGAGAUAGUUGUCCAGUGCCUUUAGUAACAUAUAUUGAUUUUUCACUACAACAUCCAAUGUACAGGUUUAUAGAUGAAUUUAAAUGAUGUAUUUUAUUUAUAUAAAACAUUAACUACCCAUUUUUUGUUCAAGUUAGUACAUUGAAGAGGAUGCAAGUAUUGAAUCCUAUAGUAAAAUGAUCGGAUGUUUUAAUGAAUAAUGAACUCUAAAGUGUGAUUAUUCAGAUUCCCCCAGGAAGGUGAGAUACUUACAGUAAAAAGUAACUGUAUAUUCUACAUAACAUCAUUCCUGUUACAAAAAUGAAAUAGCUUUAAAUGUUACCAUAGAAUAUUUGUAUUUUUUAUAAGAUUAUACUGUGAUGGCAUUACAUUCCUAGAUUGUUUUUAAAUAUAUUUUGAUAGUGAUGAGUAUGAAAAGUUUUGUAUCACAUAGCAUAAGAAUGUAUGUGUCAAUAUAUGAAAGUUAAAUUAAAUCUCAUUAUUUUGUACCUAGAUAUUUUACUAACCUGUUUUGUAGUCAUUUAUUUUGAAGAUAUUGGAAUUUGCUUAUUUCACUGUGUUAAUGUUGAUAAAGAAUUAGAUCAAUUAAAUAUUUUUUUUAAUCCAAGCAGUGCAAAGUUUAUAUUAUGUAUUAUUAACUGUACUUUCUGUAAGAUUUAGCUUGGCUAAUAGUGUUUACUAGUUCCAAUCUCAUCAUAGUGUAGCAUCAAAAUAGAAUUUAAGCUUGAACUAGAAUUUUAGUGCUUGAAAAAGAUAACUUCCAAAUCUCACUAUACAGUAGCACCAAAAUUAUAAUAGGCUUUGACUUGAACUUUAAUGUUUGGAAAAGAUAACUUCAAAUCUGACUAUACUGUAGGACAGAGACUAUAAUGUAAACAUGGGUUUGAAUUCUAAUGUUUGGGAAAGAUAACUUUGUAUCUCAUUUAUUGUAGCACCAAAAUUAGAAGAAAAAAAAAGCCUGGAUUUGAAUUUUAGUGUUUGGAAAAGAUAUCUUCCAAUUUCAUUAUUCUGUAGCAAAAGACUAGAAUAUUUAAGAAGAACCUUACAACAGAAUAACUAAACCAAAAUGUUUAUGUUAAUCAUGGUGAAAAUUAUAAGUUGAACUUUGAAUGUUAUGGGUGGUACUUCCAACUGGUUAGAUGUUUCUGGUGCCUGAACUCUUUUGUAUGUAAAGUUUUGUAGUUCUGUUUUUGAGAUUUAAAUACAUAUACCAAGAAAAAUUACAUAGACCAAAGUUAAAUGCAGUGGUGUGUUAGGGAAAGCUGUGUGUGAAGAAAUGUGAUGACUUAUUUUUUACCAGCUACCAUUUUAUAUUUUGAUAAAACUGUAUUUUUUUUUUUUUCCUGAAAUCUGUGAGACUGUAUUUAUUUUUUUUUAUGUUGUUACACAGAUUUGCUUCAUAUCUGAAGAUUUAAUACUGACACCGUCCAUACUUACAGGGUUAUAUCAUAUGGUUCAGAUAUUUAUUUUUGUAGUGAAUGCUUGAAGUAGUGCUAAUUGAGUAGUAUCUUUCUUACGAGGACUAUACAGCCUAGUUUAGUAACUAUAUAUAUAUGUAUGUGUGUGUGUGUUUUCAGAAACACAUUAUUGUACCCUGUACUUCACAGAAGGUGGAGUUGUUUUUGUAAGGAGAAUAAAAUAUAUUCA